GGGGCAAUUGAGCAUUCAGUAUUACGAAUCAUGCCCGCGACAGUAGAUCUCAGCUCUGAUAUAUUGCAGCCAAUUCCUUUAGAAGAAUGGCCGUUACUUCAAAGUCUCUUAAAAUCCGAUUGGCCUACUUAUGCAAUGUGGUAUUAUUGGAUUCAAAAUGCUAUAAAAUGGAGAAAGCUGAAUCCAGACUUGCCUUUAGAAAUCUACGCUGCUAAUGGAAAGUACAAUGAAGAUGCGACAUUUGUCGGAAUAAUAAGCUAUGCAAUGAGCAGCGUGGUCAUCUUUACGAAAGAGCUUUCUGGAAAGGGAUUGUACGAAGCAUUAGUAAAAACGAAACGAUUCGACUAUAACAAGGGAAUUACAUUUAGUGGUGUUCACGAAUAUAUCCAGCCUGUUCUAUUUUCUGUAUUAGAUACUCUUCGUACUAACGAAGGAAUCGAAAUAAUAUUAGAAGUACCAGGCUCUUUUCGUAUAAAGUCUGCCGAGGAUUGUGCAAAUGUGGAAAUAAAGGUCCCUGAAGAAUGUUACUUGGCAGAACUGGAUACAUCUCAUCUCCCUCUAAUAAACUCUGUUUGGCCACACAGAGACAAGGAAAACCCAGAAAAUUCGAUACAAUUUCUCAAGCCAAUGGUAAUGGUAAAUAAAAGUAUCGGACUGUUUUUAAAAGAAGGUGAUAUUUUGGUUUCUUGGGCUAUGCAUUCCGAAUGGCAUGGUCUAGGGACAGUACAGACCCUAGACAGUUACAAAAGAAGAGGCUAUGCUAAAGUCGUGAUUAAUGCCUUGGCUAAACAACUGGGAAAACAAGGAAUAUCGCCCGUUUUAAAUGUGGUUACUGGCAACUCACCUUCAGAAAAUAUGUUCACCUCUCUCAAUUGGAAACCAGUUAACUCGACGACAUGGGUAUCAAUAAAAAAACGUUCCUAAUUUCAUCUACAAAUAUAUCUAUGGUAACUAAAAUUGUGGACUCAAAUAUCAAGUGCAAGAAUGCAGCCUAGGAAAAAAAAAUGUUUUUUCUCUAUUAUUAUACUUUUUAUAUAAUGAUGCAAUUAUUAAUUGUUUGAUAGUUGAUAGAUCGUUAAAAAUUGCUGAAAUUUUGAUCUGAUGUUAUUUUACUAUUCAUAUAUAUUCCAACCGAUUAAUAUAAUUUGAAUAUUA